AUGUCGCUGGCCCCGCUCUUCGUCUUUUCGAUCGUCUACGGCCUCUUCGCAGGCUCAUACACCAGUACCUGGCCGGGGAUCAUGCGCGACGUCGUCCGCAAGAAGAGCUCCGCGGAGUCCAGCAUGGUCUUCGCCUGCCUGGCUGCCGGCCGGGGCAUCGGGAAUCUUGUUUCGGGGCCGCUCAGCGAGGCACUAAUCAAGAGCACGCCGUGGAAGGGCCAAGCAGGCUAUGGCUAUGGGAGUGGGUAUGGCAGUCUGAUCGUCUUCACGGGUAUCACGGGGGUGAUUGGAGGAGGGAGCUACGUGGCGCGCUGUUUCAGGUGGAUAUGA